AUGAUCUUCGAAGUGCCGGUGGACCACUACCCGAUGAGCCAAGUUUCGGCGCGGCUCGAGGAGCUCCGACCCAAGCUCAAGCUUCACCUCGGAGCUCAGGCCAAGAGGACCUCGACCCGGAGCCUCAUGGAGCCUCUCAGCGCACCAGGUUAGAUUUUACCUAUUUUUCUGUUUAUAAGAUAUUUUCUUUCAGUAUCACGAAUCCAGUUCACCUUCCCAUCCUUGGCUGAAAAACGAAGCUUGCCGACGUUCCGAGCCCAAGUUCCCAUCCUAAAAAGAGCCGACACUGCUCCCGCUCUUCCGGUUGCUCCAGCUCAACCACCGAAAAACUCACCGACCUCGACUCCCAAGAAGAAGCUCAAACCAACUAGACAGAACACGACGAUCGGCCUUUUGAGGCUACCCACUCAGAUGCUGGUCAGUAUUGCCGCCCUACAAUGA